ACCUUAAAUAAACAACUGGAAAUAAUUUAUAUUUUAUAACUGUAGUAUGUCAGAGCUAAAAAGCAGUGUAAAUACACGAGGUCUACCUACAUGACCAUGCUAAAAGCAGCACACAGAUGAUAUGAACCUGAGAACGAUAUUACGCAAACUGCUGGAAUUUAAAAUUGCUCAGUACCUUCAUAAUCCCGUCUAUGCUUUCUUGAUCAAGAAGAUUCGUGGAUCUGCAGCGCAUCCUCCAGCGAAAAAUGCCUCGUGAUGUCGCUAACUUGGAACCUUCUGGUAUUCUUUUUGGCAGCGUAUAUGGCUAAAACUAGCGAUGGGCUGACGUGCUACGUGUGCAAAUCAUGUUAUGGCGGUUUGGAGUGCCCAGAAGCAGUGUCGGAGCAAAAUAUAAAUGCCUGUCCCAAUUUUGCUGACAAAACGGAUCAGACUUUUAUGCCAUGGACGCAGUUUGAGUGCAAAUCCCAGAAUACGGUUCCUCGUUGUUUCCGCAAGUAUCGCAUAGUGAACAAUCCGUGGACUGACACAUUUGGACCAUUAGAGCGUGAUCCACGAGAAAGCAGCACAUAUGGUUGCGAGAAUCCGGGACGGAACUGCACGACGGUGAUGGUGCCGGACAAGUUUGAAGCGAAGACCCAAGCCGACGUCGACAGGAUAUUCCGCUGUGAUGCCUGCACCAGUAACCUGUGUAAUACUGUUCCGUUUGUGGAGGGGCGUAAGGAAGCGCAAGAGGAAGCAGCACGGUGGAAAAAUGGUCAAUUUGCAACCACUCAAGCACUGCCAGUGCCUCCCACUGGGGCUGUGACGGUGCCGCUGGACGCUACCGAUCAGAGUGCUGGCAAUAACAGCACUGUCCUUGGGGAUCCAGACCUGUCUGGCAACUGUCAACAGGGUAAUACACACGCCCUGUUUCAGCUUAUAAUGCUUACUUUUUGUAUUUCCGUCCUUCCUGGCUUUUGAAGCGCUUCUGUUAUGCGCAGGUUCUGUACCCAGUAUGUAUAUUGAUUUUAUUUUUUUAAUAAAUUAGCGCUGCGUGUAUGCCUGUCGUUUAGUAAAGGUCACCGCGUUUUAGUAGUACGUUUACUUGAUGUAAUUAACUUUCUUUUUAUGUUCGUUUUCUGAUCCUGAAGCAAACUGUAACCAUUUUUCUGCCAUGUGGUGAUGUCUAAAACUUGGUUUAACAAAAGGUCACUGUGCGUUU